AUGUCUGAAUUACUCAACUCAGGAAUCCACACCUUCAGUGUUCCAGCAAAAGAGUUGAUAUUUGAAUAUAUCGUGCAUCGUCCAUCCACCGAAUACGAAGAUCCACACAAUCUAAUUGUUGUUCAACCCCCUGGCUGGGGCUUAGGAUCCCAGUAUCUUGAAAAUGGACUACAAAAAUUAUGGAGACCGCAAGACCACACCGAUACCGCAAAUACCAACGGGUAUACUGUCGUCUUCUUCCAUUCUCGUGGAACGGGUGGAUCAUCCAGACCACUAGCAUCUCAAAUGAGCAGUAUGCCCGAUUUGGCCUCCGACUUAGAGGAUCUCCGCCAGCACCUGCAUCUGGAACAAUAUCCAGUUUUACUAGGCCACUCGAACGGCGGAGCGAUUGCGCUAGGGUACGCAGAAAUGUAUCCCAGUUGUGUUGACAAGCUCGUUCUUCUCGAUCACCAGUUAGUGGGAUUUCAGGAUAAGAGAUUGUUGCAGCUCGAAGCGACGCGCGUAGAUCCUCGGUACCAGGAUGCUUGGGACAGUGUGAUGGGUCGACAGACUGGAUCCGACGAGGAAUUUACAGAGUCGGUGCGAGGCAUGUGGCCUUUGUAUUUCUUCAAUCCUCAGCAGUACGUACCAGAGCUUCUGCAUGAUAUUGGCAAUGGCAAGCUUUCAGUUUGGUGCUACCAAUCCCAGGGUCGAUGUGACAAGGAAUUGCUGUAUCCAAUGCAAAUGGUGGAGAGGCUUGGUGAUGUACAGGCAGAAACACUCAUCAUAUUCGGCCGUGAAGAUAUGAUCUGUGGGAUAGGGAUUGCGGAACGGACAGCAAAGGAUAUUCGAAAUGCCCGAGUGAUUACCUAUGGCGAAUGUGGUCAUUUCCCUUGGAUUGAGAGAAGGAAACAGACCAUAUCAGAUAUCCGUGGAUUCAUUCAAAAAAACUAG